AUGCUCCAGGGCUUUCGCAGCGGCCGCAAGAGUCAGUUUAAACACAUCAUCCAUGGCUUUCUACCUGCAGCCAGCAUCGCACCAAAGCCAGCUGUGCCACGCACACCUCCUCCCCGCAGCCCCAACCCUUCUCCAGAGAGACCAAGAUCUGCCCUGGCUGCAGUCAUCCUAGCAACAACGCUGACCGGCCGGACUGUCGCCAUUCCUCAGCCUCGCCAGAGAUCCCUGUCUGAGAGUGACACGACCUGCGUCGAAAAGGACAGUUUCAUUGAGCCCUAUGCCACCACCUCCGAGCUGAGGCUUCGACCAAAUUGGCAGAAUGAGACCGGAAGAAGAUCUUCUUUGCCAUCCUUUGAAACGCUGGGCUCCAGGGAGGAGGAGGAGGACACGGAUGCACAGCUGUCGUCUGGCUGCGACGAGCCGGAGGAUGUCAGUGCUCCCAAAGCAGAGGGAAGUCUCAGUGCUGCCAUUUAUGCCGUGCCCCACAGAAACCAGGUUGCAUUGUCACGUGGGGUGGACAGUGAAGAUGAUGAAAAUAUUUCUAAGCAGGAUGGGUUUCCAGGCUUGCUUCUCACAACACAACGUACACAAGAAAAAGAUGAUAAAUAUUCUGUUCUGAAUUUAAAGGAUGAAAAAACGUUAUGUGAGAAGCCUCCACCCUCCCCAGAUGUAACUGGUAGAACACGGCAAAGAUGUAUGGAAAUAACCAAAGAAAAGUUCAAGGAAUUGAAAGAAGAAAAUGUGCUUCUAAGCGGUGCAAACCAAACCCUUACUCUUGAACUUAACCUAAUAAAACAAGCGAUGAAAGAACUACAGUUAAAACUGAGAAGAACAGAAAAAGAAAACCGAAAGUUGAAAGAGGCUGAGAAAACAUCUCCUCAGGAAGUAGUUGCUGCCCCUGAACUACUUUAUCUAAGAAAACAAGCUCAAGAACUGGUGGAUGAAAAUGAUGCGUUAAAAAUGACUGUCCAUCGUUUGAAUGUAGAAUUGAGUAGAUAUCAGACAAAAUUCAGGCAUUUGUCCAAGGAAGAGACUUUAAAUAUUGAUGGCCUCCCAUCAAAGGGCCCAGCACCACCCUGGUUGUUGGAUAUAAAGUACCUGUCACCCUUGUUACUGGCCUAUGAGGACCGAAUGAAAGAGAAGGAUGAGCUCAAUGCCACCCUUCAGGAGGAGAUGAGGAUGUUUCGGGUGCGAGUCCAGGAAGUGGUGAAAGAAAAUGAAGAAUUGCACCGAGAGUUAACCAAGAGUAGUCCCGUGACCAGUGAGGAAUGGCGUCAGCUUCAGACUCAGGCGGAACUGGUUUUAGAGGAGAACAAGUUGUUGAUAGAGCAGCUGGAGGUUCAGCAGAGAAAAGUCAAGGACACCCACCAGGAGCGUCUCCAGGAAGUUUCUAAACUGACUAAACAGCUAAUGCUUCUGGAGGCUAAAACACAGAACCAAGAAAAAGAACUAACCGAAAACAAGGAGCAGUUGGAAAUUUUAAGGACCGAAUGCCAGGACUUAAAAACACAGUUGGAUGGCAAAAUUGCUAUCAAUGUUCAUGCUUCAAUUGUAAAUGAAUUAAAAAGCCAGUUGGAGAAGGAAGAGGAGAAAGAAGGUGCCGAGAUGGAAGAGUUGGUGGGAAAGUUGGCGCUGCUGCAAGCGCAGAAACAGAGCCUGCUCUUAGAGAAGAACAGUCUGGUUGCGAGAAACCAAGCACUGGGAGAAGAACUCGACAGGGCACAGAAAAUAAAUAGGAGGUCUCAAAAGAAAAUUGAUGUCCUCAAAAAGCAGGUGGAAAAAGCCAUGGAGAAUGAAAUGUCUGCUCACCAGUACCUGGCAAAUCUUGUCGGCCUGGCAGAGAACGUAACCCAGGAACGCGACAAUCUUAUGUAUUUGGCUAAAUGUUUACAAAGUGAGAAGCAUGGCGUUCUCAACAAAAUCAUAGAAGGCAAUAUUCGCUUGGGAAGGUUAGAAGAAAAAGUCAAGGGCUAUAAGAAGCAGGCGGCACUGAAAGUAGAUGACAUCAGUCACCGCCUGACGGAGCAGCAGGAAGACUUCACCAGCAGGACAGCUCAGUACCAGCAAGAGAUGAGGCGCCUGCAUCAGAUGCUGCAGGACAAGCAGGAUAUCCUGGACCAGGCCCUGCAGCAGAAACGAGAAAUGGAAGGCGAGCUUGAGGUUGUUUGGCAGUCUACCUCCAAGGAAAACCAAAGAAUCCGAGAGCUGCUGCAGGCCGUGCUGGAGAGGCCAGGUGUCUGGGACGGCACUAGGGAGGCGCGCUGGGAAGCUGUGGCUCCGGCUACCGUGACCUGAAGCCACCACCUGCCAC